GUUGCCUGGAACAACCACCGAACAAAGUCAAGCGCGGUCAACUUCAGUAAACACGCGACUCAACAAUCGAUUCGCCGUGCAAAUGACUGAUAAGAGCAUUGUCGCAGUCAUAUGCACCUGGUCUUCGUUAUGCGAGAUCUCAUGAAAGAAACGGUCAACAGUAACAACCAUGCUGCCGGCUCCCGUAAGACCAAAGGAUCCGAGGAUCUCCGAGCGGAAGGAUCGCAUAAUAUUGCAUUUCGAUUAUGAUUGCUUCUACGCAAGUGUCUUCGAGAACGAGCAUCCUUCACUGAAGUCUCUACCACUCGGAAUCAAGCAAAAGAGCAUCCUUGCAACUUGCAAUUAUGUUGCCAGGGCCAAAGGCGUCAAGAAGCUGAUGCUGAUCUCCGAGGCCCAGAAGAUCUGCCCUGACCUAAUCUUGAUGAACGGUGAGGACCUGACUCGGUUCCGAGAUGCAUCGAAAAGGCUAUGGUCUUUCCUACGAGCGCAUUCUUGGAACAAAAGAGUGGAGCGCUUGGGCCUUGACGAGGUCUUCCUAGAUGUCUCUGACAUGAUUUCAUACAAUCAAGGAGUACUCAAUCCAAAUGCUUUGGCCGAAUCAUACUUCCAGCUGAAUCGCGAGGAUCCCGAGAAAGGCUUCGCUUUUGACGCGACCUCGUUCUUUGGAUGCACCUAUCCCCACGAGUAUAAGUGUUCAGAUGAUAGCAUCCAAAAUUUACUCUACGUUCGUUUGAUUUUGGCCUCACAUCUUGCCGGGUAUUUGCGCCACAAGCUAGAAGAAGACUUUGGUUACACUUCAACAUGUGGUGUGUCUAUCAACAAAGUUUUAGCCAAACUGGCUGGAACGAAGAACAAGCCUAAGAACCAGACAACUUUGAUUAGCCUGAGAGUUGAAGAUGUACAGGACUUCGUGGGUGCGCACCAAAUAAGAAAAAUUCCUGGUAUCGGUUGCAAGAUAUCGUAUUUGGUGGAAAACCAUGUGCUUUCUCGCAGCAAAAAGGCCACUUCUCACGAUGAAGAGCAAUCUGCUAAAAUUACUGCUGAUGAAGUACUUGCACAUCCUGAUAUGUCGCCAGAACUACUCGAGAGGGCAAUAACACGACCGGGCUCUGAGAAAGGUAUAGGCACAAAAAUAUGGAAUUUGCUUCAUGGCGUGGACGACACCGAAGUCAAGGAAGCUAGUGACGUCCCAACGCAGAUCAGCAUUGAGGACACAUACAUGUCGAACCCCCUCAAUGCGCCGUCAGAGCUUAUGCGAGAACUCCGAACACUUACAGCUUCACUCGUACGGAGGAUGCAUGUCGACCUACUCGACGAUGAUUCCACCGUUGACGAGCCCAAUGCUCGGAGAUGGCUUGCAUAUCCAAAGACUUUGCGCCUCGCUACACGCGCCAAGAUGAGACCAAACAUAGAGAACCAGCAGUCCUUUAGUCGCAACUCAAGAAGUCAGCCUCUUCCCAACUUCGUCUUGAGUCUCAAAGAAAGCAAAGAGGUAAUUGUAGAGCGGCUUGUCAAUGAAGCUAUAGUACCUUUGUUCAGACGGCUCCACCAUGAGCGACAAGGGUGGAAUCUGGCCCUGAUCAAUGUCUGCGUCACCAAUAUGGUCCUUACUGGGAACGAAGAAGGCAAUGGUGGCGGGCGAGAUAUCUCGUCCAUGUUCAAGACUCAGGAUGCAAGAUUCAGGGAGUUUACGGUGUAUGCAAAAUCGCCGCCUAUCAGUCCAGAAGGCGUUCUACCUGCAGUCAAACACGAGGCCAUAGCUGGUGAAGAGAAAAACACAUCACUUUCGGUGAAUAUCGAUGAAGAGAUUGCCGAGUGGGAGGAAGAAGAUGAUGAUGAUGGUUUGCUGAAAUGCUCAGAGUGUGGAUGUGCGGUACCCUCAUUUGCCAUGGCGGCCCAUGAACGAUUCCACAUUAUGGGCGACUGAGAUCUGCAAUACGAACCAGUAGGCAUCCUGACAGCCUGAGAAGAUAUUGAAAGCCAGCAGGUAAAACAUUUGCGGCGAUUGAAGGCGAGCAUAUGGCAAAGAACCACCGGUCAUUACCCUAAUCGCCGCGGCACUUAUAAUGCCAAAUGUAUGGUAUUAGUCGCUAAGUAACAGUCCAACUUGUAGCACGAGCAUCAUGUCACAGGGAAUUAGUCUGUCGUGGAGAGAGCUGAUCCUGUGGUAUACAUCUUCCAGUGUACGGGUUCACAUACUUUUCAUGAGAAGUUUGUUCUGUUGAAAUGAUCAUGCGUAUUGGUUUCACAAGCAGCAGAACAUGGAAUAAGUUCAAUUAUGGACACAAGAAACUCAUGAAUCGCCAUACUUUUCACUACAUUCAUGUAGAUAAGACUUCAUACGCAGCUUAUAAAGUUACGAAGUGCCGCAUUAUCAGCUACUCUGUUACUUCGCGAGAAUAUCAUG